AUGGUUCACGACACCAAGCUUUAUGACAUCCUCGGGGUUCCCGAUUCAGCCUCUGAGGCUCAGUUGAAGUCGGCUUACAAGAAGGGUGCUCUUAAGUACCACCCUGACAAGAACGCAGACAAUCCCGAAGCCGCCGAUAAAUUCAAGGAACUGUCUCAUGCCUACGAGAUUCUGUCGGACCCGGACAAGCGCUCCGUCUAUGAUCAACUCGGUGAAGAAGGCCUCGAGGGUGGUGGUGCCGGUGGUGGAAUGGGCGCUGAGGAUCUCUUCGCGCAGUUCUUCGGCGGCGGCGGCGGUCCGUUUGGUGGCAUGUUCGGCGGUGGUAUGCGGGACACUGGCCCAAAGAAGGCCCGUACCAUCCACCACGUUCACAAGGUCAACCUGGAGGACAUUUACCGCGGCAAGGUCUCGAAGCUUGCGUUGCAGAAGUCUGUCAUUUGCUCAGGCUGCGAGGGUCGCGGUGGUAAGGACGGCGCCGUCAAGUCGUGUACCGGCUGCAAUGGCUCUGGUAUGAAGACCAUGAUGCGCCAGAUGGGUCCCAUGAUUCAGCGCUUCCAGACCGUUUGCCCUGACUGUAAUGGCGAGGGGGAGAUGAUCCGUGAUAAGGACCGUUGCAAGAAGUGUAGUGGUAAGAAGACCGUUGUUGAGCGCAAGGUGCUCCACGUCCAUGUCGACAAGGGUAUCAGGAACGGCCACAAGGUUGAGUUCCGCGGAGAGGGUGACCAGAUUCCUGGUGUCAUGCCCGGAGAUGUUGUCUUCGAGAUUGAGACCAAGCCUCACCCGCGGUUCCAGCGCAAAGAGGACGACCUUUUCUACCAAGUUGAGAUUGAUCUUCUUACGGCUCUUGGUGGAGGCAGCUUCUCCGUUGAGCACCUCGACGACCGGUGGUUGAAUGUGAACAUCGCUCCUGGCGAGGUUGUCACUCCUGGCUCCAUCAAGGUGGUUCAGGGCCAGGGUAUGCCUUCGUUCCGUCACCACGACCAUGGUAACCUCUACAUUCAGUUUGACGUGAAGUUCCCCGAGAAGGACCAGCUGCAGAACCUUCACCUUUUGGAGCAGGUUUUGCCUCCCCGUAUGGAGCAAACUCACGCUCCUGCCGACGCUAUGGUGGAAGACUUUGAGCCUGAGAACGUUGACUCGAGCGAGUACUCGCAGGCCCGGGCACAGGGUGCUGCUGCUGGCAUGGAUGAGGAUGACGACGAUGUUCCUGCGGGUGCCGAGCGGGUGCAGUGUGCAUCUCAGUAA